AUGCCGCCGCCGCCGCCGCCGCCGCCGCUCCUCGAGGCGCGGGACUACCUCGGCGCUGGCGCCACCUCGUCGUGCUGCUCGUCGUCCUGCUCCUCCGGCGGCGAUGGCGCGGGACCGCACCUCGCGCUGCGGCUCGGGCUCCCGGGGUCCGACUCCCCCGGCCGCGGCGCGGAGGCGGAGCACGCCCACGUCGACGCCGCGCUCACCCUCGGUCCCGCCCCCGCGCCUCCCAGGGGAGGCGCCAAGCGCGGGUUCGCCGACUCCCUCGACCGGUCCGCGAAGCGGGACGGUGAUGCUGCUGGGGGCGUCACGGGGGAGGAGAAGGGGGCAGCUGCACCCGCUGCCGGAGCUGCGCCGGCUGCCAAGGCACAAGUUGUUGGAUGGCCGCCAGUUAGGAGCUACCGAAAGAAUACACUAGCUGCGAGUGCCACAAAGACAAAGGGGGAAGAUGAAGGUAGGAGUGAGGCGGGAUGCUGUUAUGUUAAGGUCAGCAUGGAUGGAGCCCCAUACCUAAGGAAGGUGGACCUCAAGACCUAUUCAAGCUAUGAGGAUCUCUCGCUUGGUCUGGAGAAGAUGUUCAGCUGCUUCAUCACUGGCCAAAGCAGUUCACGCAAGACAUCAAGAAGGGAGAGGUUUACUGAUGGUUCUAGGGCUGAUGCCCUUCAGGACCAAGAAUAUGUCCUUACUUACGAAGAUAAAGAUGCUGACUGGAUGCUCGUUGGUGAUCUGCCCUGGGAGUGA